AUGCGCAUUUGCACAACAGCGAAUCAACUUCCUUGGACACAUAAUAGAAGCAGGCAAGGUAGCAUGGAAGUGGAGAAAGUCAACUCAUCAAGGACACAUAAUAGAAGCAGGCAAGGUAGCAUGGAAGUGGAGAAAGUCAACUCAUCAAGAGUGGAAGACCCCUCCUCAGUGACAGAAGUGCGCUCCUUCCUUGGGUUGGCAAAUUAUUAUUGGAGAUUCGUUGAAGGAUUCUCGAAGAGUGCAAAGCCCUUGACCGAACUACUAAAGAAGGGAAGCAAGUGGAGCUGGACUUCACUAUGUCAAGAAGCAUUUGACAAACUUAAGAACGCCAUGAUGGAAGGCCAGUUUUAUGGAUUUUCGAUGUGA